AUGAUCAGGGCCAUAUUCUACAGCAAAUUCGACACCCAAGAGGGCCCCAAGGUUGUCCACCAAGUCCCCGACGGAGCCAUCGUACCCUCUGCGACCGCGCCCUCGCAGCCUCUCUUCCUGACGUUUUCCGACAUCUCCUUCUUCGUGAUUCCCCGGCAAGAGCUCUGCGGCAAUCUGAUUCAGGUGUGCACAAAUGGAUACCGGAUAUUGGGCUACCCGAUCUGCAUGAAAUCGCUCCGGUAUGACCGCAAUGAGUUCAUCUUCAACUUCUGCCUGGUUCUGGCUGAGGAGGAGGACUUCAGCUCGUACAAAAGCGUGGUGCAGAAGCUUGCGGAUCUGAUGCAUGGGCUGGAAGAGCAGAAUGGAUUCUUGUCUAGGGAUCAUUCGAAAAGUGGAGAGGGGAAGGUAUACAGUUUGUGCGAGACAUUGAUGGAGGAUUUGAACAACUAUUGCGAGUGCAUGAUUCCGAUAGAUGAAUUGAACACGCUGAAUAUCAAGCUGUUCCCUGUAUACCGUGCUCCUCCCCAGGUGCGAGCCUGGCAGGUCCCUCUCUUCACGGUCCGGUACCAGGCGUUUAUGGAUGAGAAUUGGGAUCUGACCAUGCAACGGAUCGUGCCCCAUAUCAAUGGCGUCAACAGCAUCCGCAUCAUCUCCAUCCUCGCAGACACUGACUUCUCCCUCACCUGCCGCGCGAUCCGCCAUCUCCUCUACUACGGCUGCCUAUUCCUGCUAGACAUAUUCUCCUUCUCAGCAAUAUACGCGCCCACCGCCCAAUUCAGCUCUACCAUCGCCUCCGACGAAGAAAUGCAGCGCGAAUGCGCCCGCUACGUCAACACGCUCUUCGCUCCGUCCCUCGUCCACGGAAGCACCGGUGCCGCCACUGCACCGUCCGCCUCGACUUCUGCCCUCUCACCCGCCGCCCACGGCCUCACAAACGCCCACGUUUCCGGCAUCCCAGGCAACCUCGUCGGCCUCGCCAAGUACGACCCGGACUCUGUGUGGCCCCCGGUAGCCGACUACCGCGACCGGCGAAGCACAAGCCGAACACCCAGUCCAAGCUCGAGCUACCGCUCCAGCACCACAACACCCUCCAUCACGACCAUCCUCCCAGACGACCACGACCCCACGCAGCCCCCACCUCCCCCGGAACUGGUCGAUGGCGUGGGCAUCGUCGAGCUCUACGCAAGCCUCAAGCAGGGACAGAGCGUGCGGCAAUGGUACGCCCAGAACAGCCGCAAGCUCGCCCACAUCGACAUCCGGCGCUUCAUCACGUUCGGUAUCAUUAAAGGGUUUCUAUACCGGGUCCACAAGUACGCCUACGCGACGGGCCAGCCCGCCCCGCAGCUGAAGUCCUCCCAUCAUUACCAUAACUCGCAAUCGCAGCCGCCAUCGGGACCCUCGUCCAGAGGACCGGGCACAGGGACGAAUAGUCCCUAUGCGUCGAGCGUGGGCGAUGACGCGGCACCGAUUGCCCAGCAGCAGCAGCAGCAGCAUCAUCAGCACCAGCACUCUGGUCAGCGUGGGGAUCACGCGAGGGAGCAUGCAACGUCUGUGCAUAGCGGGAGUCGCUCCGCGGUCGUCUUUGACGACGAGGACGAAGAGGAGCUCGUGGAUAACAAAACGCUGUCUAAAUAUCUGGACGGCAUGCAUUGUUUUGAUCAGAUUUGUACUGAGCUGGAGAUCAGUGAGAAGGACCUAACAGCGGCGCUGAAGAGAUACCCGGGGGAGGUCCUGAUUAUACACCGAUGA